AUGCAUAAAAUUUUUGCGAUUGAUGACAUAUUGACCGAAAUUUUUAAAUAUUUUGAACCUUACAAAUUGUAUCCAUGCGUUUUAGUCAACAAUCAAUGGUGCAAAACUGCGGUACGCAUUCUUUGGCAGGCUCCAUAUAUUCCUAACUGCUUUCCUCAGCCAGAUGAAAAAGCAUGGAAAUCUUUAAAACUUCUUGCUAGAACCUAUUUACUAUGUCUUACCAAGAAUAAAUACGAAUUUUUGAAGAAUGAAGGAUUGUUUUUACCAACCGCAGCUUCUACGACUCAUAAUUAUCCAUCAUUCUUGAAAGUUUUGGAUAUUUCAUUUAUUUAUAAUGUAGCAGACUCUUGGAUUAUUAGUGAAAUUGUAUCAGAAUAUCAAAAAUCAUAUUAUCAAGAAAUGUUAAGAAUGACAUUAAUUGAAAAUUUAAUUGAACAAGCAAAUAAAAUUCAGUUCAUUCAUCUUGAUGGAAAUUUAAAAGCACCAAUUUCACCGAUUCUCAAUAAAGAUACACCAAGUUUACAAGACUUAAAGGGAUUAUUUAUAUAUUCACAAAUGAAUGAACAAAUAUUUGUUAGAAACAUUCCAACAUUUACUAAACAAAUUUCAGAAAUUGCCAAAAAAGUUGAACAUAUUACUAUUCGAGAAGAUUCAUAUCGAAUUGAUCAAGAUAAGGAAAAUGAAACUAAUGCAUUGGCAGAACUCAUUGAAGCUUCAAGUAGAUUACAAUCUCUUGAAAUAAUUGGAUACAGAAAUAUUUCACAAAUAUUUAAAUCAUUACAAAAUAAAUCCAAUUCUUUAUUAAAUCUUUCAUUAAAAGGGAUUGACCUUAAUCAAUUUGACAAACCUACUAUUGAAUCUUGGUCACCAUUUAUUGAUCUAAAAAUAUUAAAAAAAUUUGUAGUCAGCAAUGAUAAAUUAUUUGGGAAAUUUAAUCAGGCUGCUGUACUCUUAAUUAUAAAAAUAAUCAAAUCCGCAAACAUAAAUCUUCAACAUUUGGAAUUAUCUAUAACCCCUUUAACUCCAUAUAAUAGAUCAGAAAUUAUUAGCACUAUCACACUAAAUUGCACAAGCCUUAUUUAUUUAAAUAUUUGUAAUUUAUCAAAUUCUGAAAUUGAAUCAAUUUUAAUUAAUUGUCGAAAACUAAAAGUGUUAAAAUUUUAUAGAAGGAAUAAUUUUUAUGAUGAUAAUUUUAUUGAAAUAGCUGAAAAUAUACCACCAUCGUUAAAUAAUUUAAAUAUUACUAUUAUGACCAAAUCUUAUUAUCCUUCUUCUAAAUCUUUUAAAUCAUUUAUUAAUAAUUUAAAGAGUAAUAAUAGGCUUAAAGUUCUUAACAUCUUUCAAGAUAAAUAUAAUAACUUGGAAGAAAGCAAACAAAUACUUAUGGAACGCGGAAUUAGACUUAUUUAUUCAACCUUAUUGGGACGUAUUAACAAAAAAUUGGAUAUUCUCUGA